UCGAGGGCGGCAAGAUGGUGGAGCCGGUGGGCUUUGCCGAGGCUUGGCGCGCCCAGUUCGCGGAUUCGGAGCCGCCCCAGAUGGCGCUGCAGUCGGUGGGCGACAUCGAGCAGGAGCUGGAGCGCUGCAAAGCCUCGAUCCGGCGCUUGGAGCUGGAGGUGAACAAGGAGCGCUUCCGCAUGAUCUACUUGCAGACGCUGCUGGCCAAGGAGAAGAAGAGCUACGACCGGACGCGCUGGGGCUUCAAGCGCUCCUCGCACGUGCCCGAGACCGACCCCCCUGAGCCGGCGGACGGCCAGCCUCAGCCCGAGCGCUGCAAGGGCGCCGGUGAGGAGAAGCUGAAGCGAGGCCUGGAGGACACCGAGGCCCGCUGCGAGCCCGACGUGUCACCUUCCAAGCACCGGCCCUCCUCCGGCCGCCGCCUCCUGAGCGGCGGCAGCGCAGACAAGGAAGGCGCAUUCGAGCCGGUGGGCAAGGAGCGGGCCGCUGCCAGCAGCGUGGCCGCGCUGCGCUCCAACUUCGAGCGGCUGAAAAGGGCGCCGUCGGACGGCCUGGAGAAGCCCUUCUACGUGAACCUGGAGUACCACCACGAGCGCGGCCUCGUGAAGGUCAACGAUAAGGAAGUCUCCGACAAGAUCAGCUCGCUGGGCAGCCAGGCCAUGCAGCUGGAGCGCCGGCGAGCGCUGCCCGCCCUGCCUUCGCCCCGGGCCAGGGCUGCCGAGGCCAUCUGCGCCCUGGACGGCGAGUACGAGGACCCGGACCUGAACUCCCGCUUCCUCAAGGACAACUUGCUCAACGCCAACGGGGGCGGCCGCCCGUCGUGGCAGCCGGUGGACUUGCAGCCCUACCAGAGCAUCUACGUGGGCGGCAUGGUGGGCGGCAUGGUGGGCGACGGCGAAGGCAGCAGGGGCCCCCUCCUGCGCAAUCCCAGUGCCACCGAGCCCGAGAAGCACCUCACCUGGCCCCGUCGCUCCUACUCCCCGCGGAGCUUCGAGGACAUCGGUGGGGGCUACACGCCCGACUGCAGCUCCAACGAGAACCUGACGUCCAGCGAGGAGGACUUCUCCUCGGGCCAGUCUAGCCACGUGUCGCCCAGCCCCACCACCUACCGCCUGUACCGGGACAAAAGCCGGUCUCCGUCACAAAACUCCCAGCAGUCCUUCGACAGCAGCAGCCCCCCCACCCCCCAGUCCCAAAAGCGGCACCGGCAGCAACAGGUCAUCGUGUCCGAAGCUACCAUUGUUGGAGUUCGGAAAACGGGGCAGAUCUGGCCUAGUGACAACGAGCUGCUUUCUGGGAGGCCCUCUCUGGACAGUUGUUUCCAUGGAGAUGCUGAUGCUUCCUUCAGUGGGAUACCCCCUGGCUACGCCUAUGAUGUGGACAGGGCUGAGGAGCAGCGGCGACAUCAUGACCAGAUGCCCUACAUUGAUGACUCACCCUCGUCCUCUCCGCAUCUCAGCUCCAAAAGCCGGGGUAGUAGAGAGACUCUUUCCUCCGGAUCGCUGGAGUCCACAAAAUCAAGUGAGCCAGACUUGGAAAAGGGCUUGGAGAUGAGGAAAUGGGUGCUCUCUGGAAUCCUGGCUAGUGAGGAAACUUAUUUAAGCCAUCUUGAGGCUCUGUUGCUGCCCAUGAAGCCUUUGAAAGCUGCUGCCACCACCUCCCAACCUGUGCUGACGAGUCAGCAGAUUGAAACCAUCUUUUUCAAAGUGCCUGAGUUAUAUGAGAUCCACAAGGAAUUCUAUGAUGGGCUCUUCCCACGUGUUCAGCAAUGGAGCCACCAGCAGCGAGUGGGGGACCUCUUUCAGAAGCUGGCCAGCCAGCUGGGAGUGUACCGAGCCUUCGUGGAUAACUAUGAGGUUGCCAUGGAGACGGCAGAGAAGUGUUGUCAGGCCAACGCUCAGUUCGCAGAAAUCUCAGAGAAUCUGAAAGCUAGAAGUGCCAAGGAUUCCAAAGACCAGACAACAAAGAACUCCUUGGAAACUCUCCUGUACAAGCCAGUGGACCGAGUAACACGCAGCACGCUCGUCCUUCAUGACUUACUGAAGCACACUCCUUCAAGCCACCCUGACUACUCGCUCCUGCAGGAUGCCCUCCGUAUCUCCCAGAACUUCCUCUCUAGCAUCAACGAAGAGAUCACUCCCAGGAGGCAAUCCAUGACUGUCCAGAAGGGAGAGCACCGGCAGCUCAUGAAGGACAGUUUUAUGGUGGAGCUGGUUGAGGGAGCCCGCAAACUGCGCCAUGUCUUUCUCUUCACGGACUUGUUCCUGUGUGCCAAACUCAAGAAGCAGCUUGGAGGGAAAAGCCAACAGUAUGACUGUAAAUGGUACAUACCACUUUCGGACCUCAGCUUCCAGACUGUUGAUGAUUCAGAGGCAGUGCAAAACAUGUCGCUUGUGCCAGACGAAGAACUGGAUGCCAUGAAAAUCAAGAUUUCUCAGCUCAAAAGCGACAUCCAACGAGAAAAAAGGGCCAACAAGGGUAGCAAGAAUAUUGAAAGGUUGAAAAAGAAGCUUUCAGAGCAGGAAUCCAUGCUUCUACUGAUGUCUCCCAACAUGGCUUUCCGAGUGCACAAUCGGAAUGGCAAGAGCUACACGUUCCUCAUCUCCUCAGACUACGAACGAGCAGAGUGGCGAGAGAUCAUCCGGGAGCAGCAGAAAAAAUGCUUCAAAAGCUUCUCACUGACAUCGGUGGAGCUUCAAAUGCUGACAAAUUCCUGUGUGAAGCUUCAAACUGUGCAUCACAUCCCCCUCACGAUCAACAAAGAAGAUGAUGAAUCUCCUGGUCUCUAUGGAUUCCUGAAUGUCAUUGUCCAUUCAGCUAGCGGCUUCAAACAGAGUUCGAACCUGUACUGCACAUUAGAAGUGGAUUCCUUUGGGUAUUUUGUAAACAAGGCCAAAACGAGAGUCUACAGAGACACAACCGAGCCCAAUUGGAAUGAGGAAUUUGAGAUUGAGCUGGAAGGCUCGCAGACCUUGCGGCUCUUGUGCUACGAGAAAUGCUACAACAAAUCCAAGCUCACCAAAGAAGAUGGAGAGACAACGGAUAGACUCAUGGGCAAAGGCCAAAUCCAGCUGGAUCCACAGACAUUGCAAGAUAAAGAUUGGCAACGCACAGUCAUUUUGAUGAAUGGUGCUGAAGUGAAGCUGUCUGUGAAGUUCACAAGCAGGGAGUUCAGCUUAAAGAGAAUGCCAUCUCGCAAGCAGACUGGAGUCUUUGGAGUAAAGAUCGCUGUCGUCACCAAGAGAGAAAGAUCGAAGGUGCCUUAUAUUGUGCGCCAGUGCGUGGAGGAGAUCGAGCGCCGUGGCAUGGAGGAGGUGGGCAUCUAUCGGGUGUCUGGUGUUGCCACCGAUAUCCAGGCUUUGAAAGCUGCCUUUGAUGUCAAUAACAAAGAUGUCUCUGUCAUGAUGAAUGAGAUGGAUGUCAAUGCCAUUGCAGGGACUCUAAAGCUCUAUUUCAGAGAACUGCCUGAGCCUCUCUUCACAGAUGAACUCUAUCCCAAUUUUGCUGAAGGCAUUGCACUUUCAGACCCCGUUGCAAAGGAAAGCUGUAUGCUGAACUUACUGCUGUCUCUUCCAGAACCUAAUCUUGUCACGUUCCUUUUCCUACUGGACCAUUUGAAGAGGGUUGCUGAGAAGGAGAGCAUCAACAAGAUGUCCCUGCACAAUCUAGCAACUGUUUUUGGACCAACGCUACUCAGGCCAUCUGAGAAGGACAGCAAGAUCCCUGCCAAUCCAACCCAGCCUAUAGCCAUGAGUGAUAGCUGGUCACUAGAAGUUAUGUCCCAGGUUCAAGUUCUUCUCUACUUCCUGCAGCUAGAGACGAUCCCUACCCCAGACAGCAAGAGACAGAGCAUCCUGUUCUCCACAGAAGUGUAGAAGGCUUGCCAAGCAGUGAAGGGGGUUGUGGACUUGUUCUUGGGGUACACUGCCUGCUCUGGGAACCACAGAAAAAUCAUUCCUCUUCUAGACAUUCCUGGCCUGUCCUUGUCUACAUGGGGGAAGCAAGUCCUACUGCUGUUUUGUCUAGCAAAGGCAGGCUGAAGAUUUAAAAAAGACUCCUGUCUAUUUGACCACUGUAAGGUGGGGGAAACUGCGGGUGACCUUGCUGAUUUGACAACUUGGUGGGGACAGUGCCAGACAGCAGAGCAAGUGCACUGUGAGUUUCUUCCACCAGAGGGAAACAGUGGCUGGCAAGAACUGUGUUUGUGGUUAUUGAGAGAGCAAAUCCCCACCCCCUGGGGUGUGUGCGUGCUUUAAAAUUAAUGCAAUUAUCAUUAGGAAGCUUUGUGAUGUCUGUUUGGACCAGUUAUGAAGACAAGGGGAAACAGAACAAAAGGAUAUGUUGAAGGUGUAGCUUUAUCGGCUACUGUUUUUAAUUGAAUAGUGCAGAAUCUAGUGUCAUUCAUCCAUGACACCAGUUCCUUGGAAAUACAAAUCUUGAUUAAUUUGGUUUCAUAUUUGUUUUUCUUCCCUUAUGUACUUCUCUCCUUGGACAAACAGAGGAGCAGAUUCUAUUUUCCUGCCUAUUGUUUCAGACCCCCGCCCCCGCUCCUCCCUUUUGAGAGGGGUUUGCUCAAAAAGGCAGACCAUUGUGUAUUAUAUAAAGGUCUAUAUAUAAAAAGAAACCUAUGGAAGAUGGGGAAAACAAGGAUGGUUAGUUAACUUUUCUUUUUGUUUGGACCAAAAAAAAAAAAACCCCAACAGGCAGUACUAGUGCAAGAGACUACCUGGAUUCUCCUGGCCUUCCAAAUAUAAUUGGAUGACUUGUAAAAACUCCUCUCACAUCUUGUUUCUUGUUGUUUGGUUUUUAGGUUUUUUAAAAAAAACGUUUCCAGUUUUCUACCCUACUCGAUGUUGGCUCUCCACCAUAAACACCGUGGCCAUUUCCUAAAGAUUUUUCCGAGAUCUGGAGGUCAAUGGCUGUCUUUUUGGCUGCUUAAUCUAAAGUUUUCUCAGUAUAGCUUUUUUGAUACUUGAAUUUUUAUUUUCUUUCCUGAGACUUUGUAUGUUGCUUAUGAAGUGUCUCUCCCCCUCCCUCCCUUUUUUGGUAAAUAGGAAUGUUUUGAUAAGAUGUUUAAUAACCUAGCAACUGAUUGAUGAAAAGGUAGAAUUUUGUAUUUUUUCAGAAGCUCAAACUCCGUUUUUAAUUAAGGUUGUUGCAGAAAUUUCUGUGGCAGAAUAAACUGCCCAUGCUGUUGACACUAGAACAGCCACCUCUGGAAUUAUAGUACUAAAAAAGAAUCAAUACUGGGAGUUGGAAACAUGAACGAACUGCAGAGUCCAGAUACAGGCAAACAGGGAUUGUUUUUGCUUUGAGAUUUCAUUUGUCUCCGUCACUUCUCACCCAGUCAUGCAACAUCAUUGUUAGUUAUGCCCUUCCCACCUCCAACUUUGCCAGGAUCAGAAAUGGAGUGCUGGCAAGAGAAAAGACAAAUCCACUUCCUGCUUAAAGUGUGAAGACUAUCAAGUUAAACUGGUUGGUUUGUUUGGAAUGGGGAGAUAUUUCCCCCAAGGACUCUUGUACCACUAGGUCAUGAUUUAAAAAUAAAACACAGAUAACCUUUCUUAAUAAAGGAGGACAAAAAGCAGCAGAGAAACAAUUGUUUUGACAACUGCUCUGAUUCUUACUUUGGCAUAAUACUAACUGCUUUGGUACUGUGGAGUCCCACAUUCUGAAAAAGAAGCUUUAUAAGCUUGGGCAGUAUUUUUCAUGCUAACAGAAAUAAUUCAUGUAGGAUUUAUAUUGCUUGGCGCUUCUUCGUCCUCCAGCACAACCAUAGAAACCUCUGUGUGUGAUAUUGUGUGACAAAAGUUCUUCUCUUGACUAAUUAAUUCCACAUCUUUCCAAACUUUGUCCCCAUAUUUUCUUGCUGUUGGAUCAAUCCUGACUCUUUACAGAUACAUGGUUUACAAAGUAUUGGGAAGGUGCUACAAAGCAAUUGGAAGGUAUAAAAUGUGUUUUUAAAGUUGGCUUGGCCUCUUCUUAUUUCAAAGUAAUUGGGUCAUACUCAUAUUAGAACAACUGGCUUGUCUGAAUUGCAGUUUUCUGCCUUGCUGUAUUUAUCUGUAAGCAACUUUGUCUGCAUACUUUUGUCUCCUCGUGUGAGCUGUUCAUCUAUCCGUGCUUCCAAGACAUUGAUUAGAGGGGAACCUCUCUAGAGAGGGAUGAGCUACUGAACUAGAAGGUGAAUGAGCAGUCCAUUGCUCCAUCCCUCCCAUUGGGUACUAUGCAGGAAAUUCAGAAUUCUGCCACCUGGAUUCAUUUGUUGUCAGAGCAGUAGAAUAAGCCAGCAUUUUUUUUUAAUUUGUGGAGUGGGGCACACUGUGCUGGAGGACAGAGAGUUCAGACACUGGGAUCACUCAGUGGAUCCAAGGCAUAAGUAUACUGAACGGAGCCAAUCUUGCUCUCUUAAGUAGUUAGUAGGGGGAGGAAUAAUUCUUGCCCCUCAAAUGAAAAGGGAAUCUUUACCUGAAUUUUGUUUCAGAUAGCUUUCCCAGGGUGUGCAUGGAGCAGAGAAGUGGUAGAAGCAAGAAUUAUUCCUCCUCUUACUAACUGCUUGCAGGCAGCACAAUCCUGUCACAUUUAUGUGGCUAUAAAGGACCAGCACAGUGGGGCUGUGGGAGCUGGUGAAGCAAAAGGCAUAGAUUGGAUUGCCUAGAAAGACUCUGAAGUUUGCUACACUUUGAGGGGGGGGUUCUCUUAAGAACUGCAAUUUUUAAGGGCUUCACACCUUUUUUGCCUGAUCACUCUGAAGUUGUGCCACUUGCAAUGAUUGCAUCAGUUGCUCUUCCUUGUGUUGUUUGUUGUUCCAUAAUCCAGGGCUGCAGUUUAAAACUGGAAAAGCAAUACUACAAAGAUUGUGCCAAUUCAUCUUGCCUGCCUUUUGUGUUUUUUUAUUUAUAUAAAAAUUGAAAUAUUAAUAUUGAAUUGAUGCUGUAUAGUGUGUAGCUGUGAGAUGGUUGCUGUCGAUAAUCCUUAAGGGGUGGCUUUGGAGCCUUUUUGCAUUACAGACUUGGGUUGAUUCUUUUCAUGCUGGCUUCUGGAUUGUAGGAGAGAGUGCAUAAUUAGUCAGACUACAAAUGGUUGCUCUAUGAUUACAAAUGUUUUUCUACAAAGUGGUAAUUUGGGGAAAGAAAAAUUAGGAUGCCCAAUUUAAACUCAAUUUGAAGGAUAAGGGAUUGCCUUUUUUAAGUGCCAUUUUAUGCAGGGAACUCUUUUUUUAAAAAAAAGAUUCAUAAUUUUAAGAUAAGCUUCUUUAUUUCCUCUAUUUUUGGAGUUUUCUUAAAACCACUAUAGCUGCCUUUCAGUAGCAUGGUCUCCACAUCAGGAUGGCUUUUGUUUCUCUUUGAAGAUGGCACAGAAUUGGGUGAUAUGGGCUGCCUGAGACUGUCCCAUGUAUGGUGGUGAUAAGCCAGUUAAAACUGUGGUGUGCAGCCAUUGACCUAUAUUUAAGUACUGGGAUUGCCUUCUUCAGGAGAUUUCUGCCCCAUUGCCUGACUAAGACUACCUUGGCACUGCCAGAGAUUAGGGCUUUCUGCCUCAAAGCUAACAAGUGCCAGAUUGUAUGCCCUGCUUGGACAGGAGACUGUUUUUCUCCUUUUUCUGUGAGAAUCCCUGUCCUCUACAGCAGGUAAAGGGUCUUUCAAUAAGGGAUCUGAGCACCAGGUUGAUGUGCACUACUGCAUUUCCCACUGAGGAGGGUUGAAUCAAUGCUGACAAAUCCAAGACAGGCCUCGAAGGACCCUGCUGGUAGUUCAGCCAAUUUUGUUGGCGGUUGCUCCUUCAAGUGCUGAGAUGAGAUGGACUAGAGAAGGUGAGAUGGAUUGGAGGAGAAUCCUACCCCAGACCAAACCAAAGAGACCGAACUUAGUAUUGCUUUUCCCCUGUGGCUUGUGGGAUGAAUUUAGGAUUUCCUCUGAUGGUUUUUUAAAGCAGGUAUCCCAAAUAAAGUGAUUUGGGUUUUGUCCCAGAAAAAUUAAUCUCCUGUCAGGGAGAGUGUACAGAAUUUUUACUUGUAUGUAUUUACAACCAAGAGAAGCCCAGAUCUAGUUUACAAAUUUUGAGAGGGAAAAAAACUACCCUGAGAUGGACAACAGGAGCAGGAGAUUAGGCACUGACCCUAACCGCUUUAAAUUAUGAGGAAAACACCCUCAAUAUAUUGUCGAAGGCUUUCACGGCUGGAGAACAAUGGUUGUUGUGGAUUUUCCGGACUGUAUAGCCGUGGUCUUGGCAUUGUAGUUCCUGACGUUUCGCCAUUUCGCAAAUUUCAAACAGGAAAAAGAGACUUUAAGAAUGAAUAGAGCAUGGUUUCCAGUCCUGAAAAACACCAGGCUAACAAAAUACUCUACAUCCUACAAUAGCCCUGCAGAGAAGAUUAGCAUAUCAAGCACCAAUCCAUAUGCAAAAGAACCUCCUCAGGAUACAGUGAUGCCUCCCUCCAUUAGCAUUCCGCACCCUGGGAAACACAGGAUGACUCAGCCCAAACCCACCUUCCUGAGUAGAUAUAAAUGACCUGCCAACAUCUUCUCCACACUGUGACACUGAGAGAUCUCUGUCUUUUGGUGCUACACCUCUGAAGAUGCCAGUCACAGCUGCUGGCAAAACGUCAGGAACUACAAUGCCAAGACCACAGCGAUACAGCCCAGAAAAUCCACAACAACCAAAACGCCCUCACUUUCUCAUAAUUUCCCUAUGGAUUUAACUCUGGCAAUCCAUCUCACACAAAUUCAGCUGAAAAUCACAGCCAAGACAUUGGCCCUCCAGUACUGGUUCGACAAUGGAGAUGGCUGGGUUUAAGAGGUCUCCAGAUCUAGAGCCUGGAAUUUUAAAUCAAUAGGCAUGUGACUUAGGGGUAUAAUUGAGUCAUAGAAAAGUCAAGGGUGGAAGUGGCCUGCUACACAAUCUUCUGGGGAUCCAAUCCUAUGCCUUAAUAUACAUUUCUGGAAGACCUGCUCCCAAAAACUUGUGACUCAGUUGUUUUUUCACUUACGUGGUUCCAGUUUCCCUAUCUGGCUUUCUGUGUGCUGUGGUUUUAAAAGAUCUGGGGACACAGAACAUGCCCUGGUUAAUAGAAUAUUAUCAGUCUAUAAACCUCUAAAUGACUUGAGACCUAAAACAACAAAUUAAAGCACCCAUUAGGGUCCUUCUGAUACUACCUCUGUGAAUUACUGUGAUCUUGAAGAAUAACCAUGAGUGCUCCAGCUGAUUAAUGCCAUCUGCCAUGCAUCACAUUCAGAUAGGAAAGGCUUAUACAGUGAGGGGGGGAGGAGUCUUCUCAAGUUGAACCUCAACUAUGGAAAUCUCUUCCCAUGGACACUCCUGGGAAAACAAAUCUUAAUAGUUUUACAUUGAUUUGGGGGAUUUUGGAUUACAAGUCGAAUUUCGGAAGAUGGUAGCUGCUUUGGGCUCUGACAUUUAAUAGAACAUAUUUAUAUUUGCCUUUUAAUCUAGCGUUAUCUGCCCAAAGCUUUUGAGAUAGGGAAGACUGAACUUAAUUUUUUUUUAAAAAAAGGUUACAGUCCCCCACAUGCCCCUUGUGAGUCAAGGGUGAGGUUUAAUUUCUCAUGCACCGUUCUGAGGGGGUCACAUAUAGCUUGUUUCUAAGCUCUUGGCCUUGCAGCAAGUGCAGGACAAGGUUGGAAAAUGCUUAUUUAAUUGCACUGUCAUGAUUUAUAUUGGGAAUAAUCCAAAGUUCAGUAUGUGCUAGGAUUUCCUUCUGCAAGCCUUCACAGGCCAAAUGUUCUGUGCUUGUAGAUUCCCUACAUGAGCAGAUUUGUUUGAGCAUUGGAGCUGAUGGAUUGUGGACAUAUUUUGCAUGGGUAUAGAACACUAUCACAAUUCUUAGCAUAGAGUGCUGCUAUUAGUCUACAGGAAUCAAAUAUAGAGACUUUCCCAUAAUUAUUAAGUUUGUUUGAUCUUCCACUCAGCCACAUUCUUAGCUCUGAUCAGGAAUGUGUUCCAUGGUGCAUUUUGCAUUUGAAAACAGUUACCAGUGUUGUUAUCUCAAGAGGAAUGUAUAGCCAUUGUUCUUUCAAAUUUAAUAGUUUGUUCAGCCACACUUCCCUUAAUAUUUAGGUAUUGCUCCCUAAAGUUUCUGCAAUAAUGAAAUUCGUCAGAAUAAGAGGUCUGUGAGCAGUAUAAAGACACUGCAUGUGGCCUUUGUCAUCCUUUCCUUACCCUUAAGUUGUGAUCCUCUAUUCACAAGCAGAUUUAACACUGCCAUCUAUUGUGUUGCUGAUCUAUGCAACUAUUUUACAAAAUUUCAAACCAUUUUCUAGUCUUUAAAAAGCUGUGACACCUUAGCAUGACUAAAAUACUGAACCAAGGCAGGGCUGAGCAUAGAAUGCUGGGAUAUGCGGAGAGUGGGCACCACUGAGAAUCAAGCUCCUACAUUCAUUAGGACACUAAGUAAAUUGAUUUAUGAUACGCUAGGCUAUUGAUGGGGGUGUAAAACAUGCCACACCAAAAAAAAAAAGUGGUCAUUAGGUUCAGAUUUAGCUCCCAUGCCAGUGCAUUCCUUUCAUAGAAGUGAAUGGUUGCCAUUCAUUCCUACAAGAAGUAAAACACAUGGAGAAAGCAGAAACCACCAGCUUGCAUGAGCCACUGCUAGUCUGAGCUGGGCAGGAGAUUGGGAAGAACUUCCUAAAUUCGAGAAUGGUUCAGUUUUAGAAGAGAUUGCCUAAAAAAAAAAGGUGCUAGAUAGUCUACCACCAAAGGUUUUUAAGGGAGAGAAAAAUAUUUAGUAGGAUUUGCUUAGGUGGAUUCAAUGCCUAAGGCAGAAUAACUGCCUGGACCUUUUAGCCACAUAUCCAGAUCUGUUUUUCAUUAAAAAUCAGGGUUGAUUCCUUUUAUAAGGGUCAUUUUGAAUCAGGUUGCCAUUUCUGAUUGUUGGUUGGAUUUGGGAGUUAAUUUAUGGGUUAUGAUUAUGUAUUAGUAUCUUCAGACUAAUGUGGAUCCCAGAAUAUCUGGGAGCAGGGAAUUGCAUGGUCACAUUGUAUGUCCUACAGGUUGAACUUUAAAAUGCUUCAUUUUGCAUGAUCCAUGCUACGUGAUACUGUUGUUUUAUACAGACAUAUGUCCUGCUGAGACUUGAAAAGGCAGGCUGAGAAACUCUCCCUGUUCCAGUAAUGAUGAGUCGGGUUUAAGAGAGUUUACUUGCAUACAUGGAUAUCUCCUGCAGAAGGCGACACAUUUAUUGGAAAAGGAAGCAGUUCUACUCUAUCUAUAAAUGUGCACAAAUGUGAAUUCAAACAUUCUGAUAAAGUAAAUGCAUGUUUUGAUCAGGGGAAAAAAUGGCAGGCAUUCUACUGGGUAAAUGAUUCCCAAGAUAAAAUGUAAUGAUUCAGUGUUCCAUAUGAUAACUUCAAAACACCAAUUUCACAUGUUCAAAUAGGUAGCUGUGUUUAUCACAUGAUAGCAUAGGAAAUGCUUGCUCUUGAGUAUGUCCAUAAACUAUAUUACAGUUAUAGUAAGCUAUUUAGGAAGUGAUAAUUGUCUAGAAAGGGAAAUAGCAGAUAGGGUAUCUUAUUAAUGGGGGGUUGUCUGAUUUAGGUCAACUGAAAGAAAGAUUAAGACUCUCUCGGCUCAAGGACAGUCUUUGGCUCUAGCUUGUUUGACGGUGAGAAUGACUGGGUGGUUUUGCACUAUCCUGCUGACAAAAUUCUUGACAUGGGCAGGGAAAUCUACUCCAUCGCUGCAUAGAUGAAAAGGUGGCAAUGAUUGUGACACAGGCUGAUUCCGCACACGUUGGAUAAUGCGCUUCCAAUCCUCUUUAUAGAUCAUUUGGAACGGAUUUUUUUGUGUGCGGAACAAAAAAUCCUCCUCAAACGAUUGAUAAAGUGCAUUGAAAGUGCAUUAUCCAACGUGUGCAGAAUCAGCCACAGUCAAAGCUUCAACUCUUUUAAAUUUCAUUGAUUCCAAUAGGAGAAAAGCAUAUUGAACCCUCUCCUAAAAAAUAAAUGGAAUUUCAAGACACUUAAUUUUGCCUUAUCCAUCCACACAAUACUUUUGUUCAAUACAGACAUUUGUCCUAAGAUUUUUUUAAAGAAAAGCAAGCUGAGAAAUUUUUUAACUGUACUGGAGCUUAUGACCAUGGAAACAAGAGCUUGGUGGUUGGUUAAGUUUUGGGUUUUUAGGGAGUGAGUGAUCACAAAAAGGCCCUCAAAUGUAUUUGUCCAUAACUCACUUCAGAAAUAUCACGGGGCAUGUGAGUAUGGGUGGGUGUGAAGAUAUCAAACUGCAUAUACAUGCAAACAACAUUAAUACAAACUAAUAAAAAUAUAAAAUGAAACCAAGAAGGUUAUCAUAUUGUAUCACUGAAAUUGUCUUGGUGAGAUAAACUGAAUUAAGAUCUAAAAACAUUAUGAAAUAUGCAUCUUUUUUUCUGUUCUUUUAAAUAAGAGACUUCUCUUGCCUGUGUACCAUCUGUAACUUUUCCUUAUUUCUACUGUUGUAAGCAUUUAUAAUUCAUGUGGAAUAGAGGAAAGCAGAUGAAUAAAACUAUUUAUUUAAAUAUAAAUGCAAUUAAAUUAUAUACUUUAGUGCUGACAUUUUCAGUUGUAGAAGGGUUGCGGGGGUCACUGUUGGUGGAUCAUCAGUUUUCUACCACAGAACUAAUAUUCGUUGUCAUUGUUUUAACACUGCCAUGUUUCAUGUUUAAAGCAUUUUGCUUUGGCAUUUUAUACUGCUGCUGUUCUUGCUUCUAUAUCCUAAAUGCUCUGAUGCAGAAAAGGAAAAAAAAGAAUUAUUUUGAAGAGGUGCUGGGCACAUGGAACUGCUGUUGAAGAAAAUGUUUUUGUCUGUCAGAUCAGAAAAGCUGCAGCAAAGAAGUAAACGUUAAGAGUGUCAUUUUUAAAAAACUUGAUGGAAAAGGGAUUAAGAAACCUGUAUUUGGAAAAAAAGAAAUCCAAGGCAUUUGUAGCCCUUGUUUGUACACAAUGUUAAAUAAAUUUCUUCUGUAUCUGU